CAUGCAGAGGGAUUCCCCCUGCUGCCGGCUCUCUUUUCCCCUGCUCUUCGCUGCAUGUCCUCCGCUUUGCCUUUUGGUGAUGAAACUUCUUGCCAUUUUUCACACUCUUCUCCUGGUGGGGUUUUUCCCUUGAUACACUUCGAACGGGGCUUUGAUCUGAGGUUGUUGUUGCUUUCUAACCUUUAAAAAAAUAUAUAUGCACGUUAUGUGGUGUUCUUCAUGCAAAAAGCAAUGCAGGCAGUGGAGUAACUAGUGCAGAAAUGGAAACGAAUUGCUCGUCCUCGUGCCAAAAGAUUGAGGAUUAUAUGAAAAAAUGUGGGUUAAUGAUUAAGCUGUGGAUAGAAGCCCUUUAUGUCCCAUGGAAAUGGAAAUGCAGCAUGGUCAGCGCCUGAUUAUUCCUUUGUAUUCUCCCCUCUCUCCAACAUCUCAUCCACUUGGGCUCAUAAUUCCACUGGAGGACGAGGAGUAAAUAAUAACAAAAAAGAUUUAAAACUCUUUAGGGAUGGACUCGCGUGCUAUUUGUAACGAUGUAAUAUUUUUUUCUAGACACACUACCUCAUUUGGUUGGGGGAGGAGGAGAGGCAGCCACUUGAUUUGAACUGGCUUUCCAAGGCGCUACUUCAUUUGCAUAAUUUUUCUUGUCUAUGGUGACGCUCUGGUUCGGGGCAGUUCACUGGUGUCUGCAUGGUACUGGUGAAGGAUCACAUAGACCAGCAUAGCCUUGGCUGAGUUUAAUAUUGGUAUGAAGCCCUGGCCAUUGCUCUAUAGCAUGACGAUAAAUUCAAUCUUGAGGCCAGAUAACUCUUAUCUCGCUGACCCGACUGCUCACGCCUGCUUUCGUAAUCUCGGUUUACCCAUCCACGUCGAGUAGGAGAAAAAAAAAAAAAGAAAAAAAGAAAGAGGAAAAAAGGAAAGGGGUUUCUCUCUGCUCUUCCUUUUUUUGUUGUGGCUGCUAAUGCCUGGUGUAUGGCAGGGCGCAGUCUGCUGCUGCUGCCGCCUCUGCUGCUGCCGCUGCUGCUGCUUCACCCAGCCCAGUCAGCCCUGCCUUUAAACUUUUCUCUGGAUUACUGCUUUGAUCGAUUUCGCCGCUGAAUGAGAAAAUAUUGCUUGGUGCUCUGCAUUCGUCGUCAGAGGAUAAGGUUCACCCGAGGAGGCCAUUGGCGGAGAGGCGUCACGUGACCACGGGGUGCCAAUGUUAUUCUACAAGGGUGUCAAGACCCUGUCAGUUUCUGAAAUAAAUAUUGGGAAACGGCGAGAUGCAAAAGGCAACCUACUACGACAGCUCCGCAAUUUACAGUGGCUACCCAUAUCAAAGCGCAAAUGGCUUCAGUUAUGAUGCCAAUCAGGUCCAAUAUCCCCGGGCCUCUCAUGUGGAAAGUGAGUACCAUCGACCUGCCUGCUCCCUGCAGUCUCCUGACGGCUCCGUGGCUCUGCAGAAGCCGGGGGAGAUGGCGGAGAGCUGCGACAGGACCACAGCCAUUCAGGCGGCGCAGUCCAAGGUUCAUCCCGAAAGCAAUCAACCGCAGGUGCCGGUGUCAGGCCCGCCCCCUCCCCCACAGUCCCCCGGUGCUAUCAGCCAAAACACGAGCAACGGCACCAACCAGCCCAGUGCCAAGAACGGCUCCCCGACCUCCGCUGCGCGCAGCAAACAGAUUUUCCCCUGGAUGAAGGAAUCCCGUCAGAACACCAAGCAGAAACCCACCAGUAGCUCCAGUUCAGUGGAGAGUUGCCCCGGAGACAAGAGUCCUCCGGGGUCAGCAGCAUCGAAGAGGGCCCGGACAGCUUACACCAGCGCCCAGCUAGUGGAGCUGGAGAAGGAGUUUCACUUUAACCGGUACCUCUGCAGACCCCGGAGGGUGGAGAUGGCUAACCUGCUCAACCUCACCGAGAGACAGAUCAAAAUCUGGUUCCAGAACCGCAGGAUGAAAUACAAGAAGGAUCAGAAAGGCGUCGGAAUGAUGCCUUCCCCUGGCGGACAGUCCCCGCGGAGUCCCGUGGGCCCGGCCUCCGGUGGUGGCGGUGGAGGAGGAGGAGGCGGAGGAUACCUCAACUCUAUGCAUUCUCUUGUAAACAGUGUACCUUACGAAUCCCAGUCUCCGACGUCUUACAAUAAACCUCAUCAAAAUGCAUACGGUAUGGCCACGUCAUAUCCCCCUCCUUUGAACAGCUCCCUCAACAACUGCCCGCCCUCCCAGAAGAGGUAUCCCGGGACCGACUCGGCCACGCCCGAGUAUGACGCGCAUCCUCUCCAAGGCAAUGGCAACUACGGGACGCACAUGCAGGGCAGCCCCGUUUAUGUCGGCGGAGGUUACAUCGACUCAAUGCCCAACUCUGGGGCCUCGGUUUUCGGUCUGACCCACCUCCCGCACCCGCCGUCCGCAAACAUGGACUACAAUGGAGCAAUCACAAUGGGCAACAGUCAGCAUCACGGCGUGUGUGAUCCGACACCGACGUACACAGACCUAACGCCGCACUACUCUCAGGGAAGAAUCCAGGAAGCGCCCAAACUGACGCAUCUGUAGCGGUGGCGCUGCCCGGAUCACUCCGCCCCAUUGUCUUAUACCCACCUCCAGACACAUUACUGCUUUGUUUCCGCGCCUCCUCACGGCUUCCACCUUCUCUCCGCCUUUGUUUAUGUUUUCUAUAGUUUGAUGUGUGAAGUAGCGUAGGAUAAAUAAUCACGACUUGCUUGAAUUUUUCUCUAUUUGCUCGUGUCAUUGUCUCACAAAGACCUUUAAUCUGGGCUGUAGGACGUCUAGAGCGGG